GAUAUAAUUAUAUCGCUUUUUAUAUAGCCCACCAUUUUGUCAAUCCACAAGCGGCUAAAAUAUCAACGCAUAGUAAGUCACUAAUCAAUAUUAUUUUUUUUUGUACUUCAUGUUCAUUAAAUAUAUUGUACGUGUCUAGUGUGGUGUCUCAUUGACGCAUUAUUGUGAACAAAACGUUGUACAACAAAAAUUAAUAUACAUUGCAUUUCCUCAGCAACGAAUGAGGGAGAUUUUUUUUUGGUAAAAAUUGUUAACCAAAAAAAAAACAUCCAAAAUGAGCACGAUGUCACGUUAUCCCUCCGACUGUAAAAUUUACGUCGGUGAUUUGGGAAGUAGUGCAACAAAACAAGAUCUUGAAGAUGCAUUUUCUUAUUAUGGACCAUUGAGAAAUGUAUGGGUUGCACGUAAUCCACCUGGUUUUGCAUUUGUUGAAUUUGAAGAUGCAAGAGAUGCUGAUGAUGCUGUACGUGGUCUUGAUGGACGUACUAUUUGUGGUAGAAGAGCUAGAGUUGAACGUUCAAAUGGUAAACGUUUGAGAGAUCGUGGUGGAUCAAGACGUGGAGCUGGUGGACGACCAUUUCAUCCAGAAGAUCGUUGCUAUGAAUGUGGUGAACGUGGACAUUAUGCCAGAGAUUGUCCAAAACACAGAGGCAGUCGUAAACGCAGGUCAUAUUCAAGAUCAAGAUCACGUUCACGUACACCAAAACGUUCACGUUCAUCAUCCCGUAGCCGUUCACGUAGUCGUGAUGAUAGACGUGAUGACAGACGUAAGUCACGCAGUAAGGUAAGAUCUAUAUCAAAAGAUCGUAGUCCACCACCAUCACGUCGAUCAAGAUCUAAAUCAGCAUCAAGAUCCCGCAGCAGGAAACCGAUGAAUGGCGAUCGCAAUGGAAACUCACAUCAGGAUCUCAAUCGUCAUUAAAAUAUUUAAAAAAAAAAAAAAAACUUAACAACUAAAUUACUACUACAUUAAAA